UACAUUAUUUCGUAGCGUUUUCACCAGAAGAUGGCGCGGUUGAGCCGAGCGGGGCGCCGGCCGGCGGCGUUGCAGGAAGCCACAGGAGGCGGCGCGCUGCUCCUUAUUGUCCUUGCAGAAAGCUCUGAAAACCUUCGUGCACCGUUUCUCCCCCACAUUUGUCUUAAUGGCUACCGUGAAGAGCUCGCGUCCCACCUGAGAGUGGAAAGCUUUCUAGCAAGGUGACGGAUUCACAGUCUGGGCUGCAAAUAAACGGUCUACGACUGACGGACCAUCCCGGAGAGAGGAACAGAAUCGAGAGCAGAGAGCGUCGCCAUGGUCGAACCAGCAGACAGACCAUCCGCAGCCGGCCAGAGACUGGGCGCCCCCGAAAGCUUCGGGGUGUCCACCCUUGAGCCUGGUCUGCGCCCUCCUGCACAGCCGCCAGGAAGAAAAGUCUCCAUCAGGGUGCAGAUGCUGGAUGACACACAGGAAGUCUUCCAGAUAUCGCAACGCUCCCCUGGCAAAGUGCUGUUUGACCUUGUUUGCGUACAUCUCAACCUGGUGGAGGGUGAUUAUUUUGGGCUGGAGUACCAAGACCAGCGCAAGAUGACGUUGUGGCUUGACCUGCUGAAACCGACGCUGAAGCAGAUUCGACGGCCCAAGAACACCAUCCUUCGUUUUGUGGUGAAGUUCUUCCCUCCUGACCACACGCAACUCAUGGAGGAGCUGACUCAGUAUCUGUUUGCCCUCCAGAUCAAGCGUGACCUGGCCUGCGGUAAUCUUAUCUGUAACGACACCAGCGCCGCCCUCAUGGUCUCCCACAUCAUUCAGUCCGAGAUAGGAGACUUUGACGAGACCCAGAGCUGGCAGCAUCUCCUCCACAAUAAGUACCUGCCCGACCAGGACGCCAUCAGGGACAAGAUCACAGACUGCCACCGCAAGCACGUCGGACAGACCCCCGCAGUGUCAGACUACCAGCUGCUGGAAAUCGCCCGGCGACUUGAAAUGUACGGCGUUCGUCUGCACCCGGCCAAAGACCGCGAGGGUACCAAACUCAGCCUGGCUGUGGCACACACUGGAGUUCUGGUCUUCCAGGGCUACACGAAAAUAAACGCCUUCAACUGGUCCAAGAUUCGCAAACUCAGCUUCAAACGCAAAAGGUUCCUUAUCAAGCUGAGAGCCGAUCCCAAUCAAAGCGGCCACCAUGACACACUGGAGUUUGCUAUGGCCAGCCGAGACUGCUGCAAAAUCUUCUGGAAGAUCUGCGUGGAGUAUCACGCCUUCUUCAGGCUCUUUGAGGAGCCCAAGCCUAAACCCAAGCCCAUCCUCUUCACCAGAGGGUCUUCAUUCCGCUUCAGUGGUCGAACCCAGAAGCAGAUCAUUGAUUACGUGAAAGACUCAGACCCCAAGAACAUUCCGUUUGAAAGGAAGCAUAGUAAGAUCCUCUGCAGUAGCGGCAUGACCCAUCAGUCGCAGAAAGAGAGUGGCAUGUCCGCGCCCAUAGAAGAUCUAGCGGACUCGUCCAGACAAGUGGCCUCGGACCCCACACAGGAAACUCAAGGAGCCACGUCCCACACCAACGGCUUCCAUGAUGUACCUGCAGAUCCCGGCUCAGAUGCAGGACAGAACCACAACGGUGCGGGCUCGGUGCCGAACCAGCAGUUUCUCAUCCCAGGAAGCCCUGUCGCCAAGGCUUCGCCGCUGCACUCGGUUGUGAACGGAGCACUGAACGGUGCCAUCGUGGGUGUGGUGGCCCCGAGUCAGGUCUCACCGCUGACCAGCCCGCUGCUCGGCGACGCCGGGUAUGUUCGCAACGAUGAGGAAGACGAGGCCAGGAGGAAGAAGUUUCCCACAGACAAGGCCUACUUCAUCGCCAAGGAACUGUUGACCACCGAGCGCACCUACCUCAAAGACCUGCAAGUCAUCACAGAGGCUUUCCAGAAUGUUGCGGAAAAAGAUGAAGAAGCAUUUCCCGUUUCUGUCAGGAACCUGAUAUCAGCCAACUACGAUCCGCUCCACAAGUUUCACCAGGGCUUCCUCCAGGAGGUGGAGCAGAGACUGGCACAAUGGGAGGGUCGAUCCAACGCACACAUUAAGGGGGACUACCAAAGAAUCGGUGAUGUUCUGCUGAAGAACCUUCAGGGUCUGAGGCAGCUGACGGCUCAUCUGCAGAAGCACUCGGAGUGCCUGGUGGAACUGGAGAGAGUCUGUCGGUCGAGUCGCAAGGCGGACGCUCUGUGUCGAGAGCUGGAACAGCAACGGGUGUGCUAUCUGGCCUUCUACAUGUUCUUGCUGCGGCCACUCCACCGUCUCCUCCACUACAAGCUCAUCCUGGAAAGGCUCUGCAAACACUACCCGCCCACUCACGACGACUUCAGGGACUCCAGAGCUGCACUGGCGGACAUCACAGAGAUGGUGCUGCAGCUCCAAGGCAACAUGAUGAAGAUGGAGAACUUUCAGAAGCUUCUGGAGCUGAAAAAGGACCUCACGGGCAUCGACAACCUGGCCAUCCCUGGAAGGGAGUUCAUCAGGCUGGGAUGCCUCAGCAAGCUCUCAGGGAAAGGAUUACAGCAGAGGAUGUUCUUCCUGUUCAGUGAUUCCUUGGUGUACACUAGUCGGGGGAUGACCUCGUCCAACCAGUUCAAAGUCCACGGCCAGCUGCCCCUCUAUGGCAUGACGAUGAGAGAAAGUGAAGAAGAGUGGGGCGUUCCUCAUUCCUUCACCCUGUUUGGACAGCGGCAGUCGGUGGUGGUGGCGGCCAGCUGUGCGGCCGAAAUGGAGCGGUGGGUGGAGGACAUCAGGAUGGCGAUUGACCUGGCGGAGCAGAGCAACGGGCCUCACACGGACCUGCUCUCCACCAGCCCCCCCGAGAACAAGCUGCUGGAGGACGGCGGGGCCGAGCAUGAGUCGGAGGAGGAGCAGUGCGGCUCGCGUUCGUCGCUGGAGCGCCAGGCCCAACGCGGGAACACCACAGUGCACGUCUGCUGGCAUCGCAACACCAGCGUGUCCAUGGUGGACUUCAGUAUCGCGGUGGAGAACCAGCUGUCAGGGAACCUGCUGAGAAAGUUCAAGAACAGUAACGGCUGGCAGAAACUCUGGGUGGUCUUCACCAACUUCAGCCUCUUUUUCUACAAGUCACACCAGGACGACUACCCCCUGGCCAGCCUUCCUCUGCUGGGCUACUCUGUCACCAUCCCAUCCGAGGGUGAGAACAUCCACAAGGACUACGUCUUCAAACUUCAUUUCAAGUCCCACGUCUACUACUUCAGAUCCGAGAGCGAGUACACGUUUGAAAGGUGGAUGGAGGUCAUCCGUAGCGCCACCUGCUCUGCCGGCCGCCCCCUGCCGAGCACCAGGAAAGACCUUUAUUGAUGGAGAUGUUCCCACCACAGACGUGGCACUAUUUGAUAUGUAAAUAGUCUUGACACACACUCACAGGCCCUACUUCUGCACCGCUUCUUUGUACUCUUGAGGACAUUUUCCUUUUCCUUUACUCGCACAUAUGCUUCACAGACACCACCACUGGUGUUGUUUUUCCAUGCCUUCAGUUAUUUAGGAAUAUCAUUUUCAUUUUGGAGCCCUUUACCAUUCAUUUAGACGCUUCUGGAGUUUAAUACAGCAAAACUGAUAAAAUCAUUUUACACAAAUAUUCGGAGAAAAAUAUUUCAUCUACUGAGAAAAAGUCCUAACUUCACGGGAAUAACGUCAAGCAUGUGGCAUACAUUAAAAAAUAUUCAAGAUUUUUUUUUAUAAUCAUAUUACAAAAAACUAAGUUUUCAUUUUUGGAAAAUUGUGUUGCGGAAAAAGGGAUUUUUAUUUCAAAAUAUUACAAGAAUAAAGUGAGAAGGAAAUUUACAGGGGAAAAAACAGUAGAAAUUAGUAGCAUAAAGUUUAAAUAUUGUUUUUAAAAAUCAUAUUAGUACCAAAACAAUGAGUAAAGUUGUCUUUUGGAAAAAUAGUUUGCCGAAAAUGUCAAAAUAUUAUGUGAAGAAGAAACAAAUUUGUAAAAACAGACAGUGGAAAUUUAUGAGAAUAAAGUCAAAAUAUGAAGAGAAAAAGCUGUAUUCUCACAACAAUUUUACAAGAAUGUUAUGAGGUCAAAUAAAGUCAUUUCCAUAGCAUAAAGUUUCAAUAUUCAAGAAACAGCAACAAUGGGGAGGAAAAUAGUUGAUAAUAAUGUAAACAUAACUUGUCUACUUGUCUAUGUGUUGUUUUACAACAUAUUAAAGUGGCAUCCUUUCAUUUUUCACUCUGUGGCCCUCGCUGAUACAAGUUGGAACACUCCUGUUCUAAGUUAUACACAGAGGGUGAAACAGACCUGGGUUUUGGUAAUCGUGAAGGGCCUAAAAUGAAUAUGACAUUCCUAUGUUUCCUUCAGCAGGACAAUCAUAAAGAGUCUCUGUAAAGGUCAUGCAGAGACAUCUCUUGCAUAUUUUUCCUGCAAUCUUUUGUACAAAACUUUGAUACACUGUGAAAUGAUGAUGUGCUUUCUUGAAUUUCUUCCUUGGAAAAACCUGAAAUGUUGCUUUUCUUAAUAAAGACGAUUAAGUGCCGUUCAGAGGUGGA